UCAAGGAAGGUAAAUAUGAAGAUCUUUGCUGGCGUGGCCGACGGUAGCGUGGUCAUUUUCAAACGCAAUCAAGAGGGUACGUGGAACUUCAGUGAGCCAAAAGCCGUAGGUCUCGGUAAGUCUCCCGUAAUGGCGUUGGCGGUUGUGAGAGAAAGCCUGUGGUGUUCCUGUGGAAACAAGUUGUUUAUUGUAAACCACAAUGAAGAAGUUAUCAAGCACGUCAUUGAAGUUGACGAUAACCCGAAAACCAACAUCAAGCACCUUGUUAGUUACGGUGUGGGUGUCUGGGUGUCUGUUUGGAAGUUCCCGUCGAUCAAGCUGUUUCAUAGCGAGACACUCAAGCACGUACAGGACAUUAGCAUCUCUUCUCCGGUGACCAAUAUGCAGCGAGAUAUCGAUUCUCAGUUGGAAAAAACAAAACUUGAUCAAGUUUAUGCCACAGCUUUAGCUGCGGAUGAAGGUUUGCUGUGGGUGGGGACGAGUGUGGGCGUUACUCUAGUAUUUCCACUUCCAAGACUGGAGGGAAUACCACUCGUGUCGGGCAAAGCGUGUGUAGCAUUCCACUCGUACGGCAGCAGCGUGCGAUGCUUUUACCCGUUGAAAAGCAACCCGAGUCCCAGGACGGGGACGGGAUACGGACCCGAAGGAAGUAAACUUGACUUUAGUUUGUUCCGGGAACACGAGGUCAGAGAUGCGUGUGUGCAGACGGAUGCGGGAGUGUCGGGGGCCUGGACCUACUCGUCACGUGGUCCGGCCUUGGCCAAUCAAAGUGAAACUUCUCCUGAAAAAGGCAACAGCAAUAAAAUGCCAGUGACUGGCGGACAAACUACUGACCGUGGGGGAGAGGGUGACGGGGAUUUCUCUGACCAAGAUGUUCAUAGUGAUGACGAAUUUAACUUCGUGGAAGAUAGACAGCAAACGUUGAGUGGCAUGCAAAUACCGCGAUUAUCAAGCGUUGGGACUGCGUCUUCAACGGGUUCGUUCAGUGUGCGGUUUGAGGGUAGUGGAAACCCUUCCAAGAACGCCACUUCGAGUUCGGUCCAAUCCGAAGAUUUAGUAGGCAAGACUGAAUUCCGAGUUGACGACUUCGCCCGAAUGUUAUCCGAAUUUAAAGGGUUCGGGAGCACGCCUCCGCCGAGUAUUUCCGAACCUCCACGAAUCCCGCUCGUUCUUGUAAACGAGCAGGACCCGACACUGUCGGCUGUGGAUGCGAACGGUGAUGUAAAUUCCGCUGAAAGCGAGGAAACCAGAAACGAUCCUACUGUCAAUGGUGAUGUGUCCGGAAGUGCUUCUGCGCCCGGUGAGCAAGGAAACGGAAGUGGAAGUAGGAGCGAGACAGCGGAUGUUAGGGGAAGAAUAAAAUCUGUUGGUGAAUAUGUCAAACUUAAUGAUGCCCGUGCAGCGGCUGAAGCUCAAGGAAUUCACUUGGAAAAGGUGAAUGAAACUAAUCCAGCAUCUAAAGAUCACCCCAGCCCAGAGAGCGGCCUUCGACCGGAAGUUGAAACCAAACCGGAAGAGGACACCGCUUCCGGAAAUCUCCUUGUUACUUCCAUUGAUGUGGGGGCUCCGAGUUAUAUAGAAGUUCUUAAAGACACUGAUCCACGAGCCGCAAAAUCACCGGAAAUUCCGAAAACAUCGGAGGUGAUUUACGACAGUCCUCGCCAAGACGAUAGCUACAAUGUAUUUGAUCAGAGUCAAGCACGCGAUUCUGUUGCCGGAACUUUAACGACCCCUAAAGUGGAGAACUUGAAACCGAGGCUGCCGUUCCCAGUCCUCCUCGUAAGCGCUGGUGAAGGGUAUGCAGACUUGCGACGCAAAAGGCCCAACGAGAACGAGAAAGAGCCGAGAGUCAUGAUCUGGCAGAUUAGCUAAACUGGGUUAUGUCGGAAAAUCUUCGGAUCGCGGUCGGUCAGCCUCGGCAAGUGAAUUUCUCAAAAAAGUAACGCUGAGAGAGUUGUAUUAAUGAGCUACACAAAGUUAUAAAACUGUUAGAAUUAUUACCGUUGUGUCACUUUAAGUAGAUAGCUUGGUUUUUCUGUUUCUCGAUUCGCUCGGAUGUGCUUGCAACAAUUGUUGAGUGAGUUGUUUCAGUGAUUAGAAAUCUCAAGUACUUCAGGUUAAUCUCAUCUUAGAAGUUCAUUUUAGAAGUUACUUAAGCAAUAGACCACAAGUUUUUAUGGUUUAUAGGCUGAUAAACCACGCGGGAUGUUGGAAGAAC